AUGAAAAUCCUAGGAAGCAAGUCGCCUAUUCGGAAGGUCAGAGGGCUGGACUCUGCAGAGGAGUCGGAAUCCGAAUAUAUCCCUUCCAGGACGCAAGAUUCCACCUACCGUUCGGCAACGCCUACACAGUACUCGGGGGUUAAUUCAUUAAGCCUACAGAGACGAUCAGAAGAUUAUGGUUCCGAGGAAAUCCCUAGCCGAGACCCUGUUGUCCGACUCCUUUUUCAGAAAGUCCAGAAAAUGAAAAACGACAAAGCUCGCUCCCAAGAACCGGAAUGGGGGAAGCUUUGGCCCGGACCAUUCACCAGGCGCAUCCGGGACUCUCGGCAGGACAGGGAAGUGCAGCAACUGCGUAUACCGUUCUAUACGAGAACGGAAGACCCCUUAACACACCUCCACUCAUUUCAGUCCGCCAUUGGGUGCAAGGGCAUGAGCGACGAAGGGCAGUGCCUGCUAUUCCCGUCUUCCCUUACCGAAGCAGCCCUGAACUGGUUCUACCGGUUGGAGCCGGAGACAGUAGAUUCUUUCGACGAGCUGAAGCAGAUUUUCCUCAAUCACUUCAUGAUCCAAACGGACCGUCUUUACUCUGCCGAUGAUCUGUACACGAUCAGGCAAAGAGAAGACGAACCUUUGAGAGAAUACGCAGCGCGCUUCAGUCACGAAUACUCAAGAUGUCCGGAAACAGACGAUAGGGCAGCCUACGGCGCCUUCAAGAGUGGCCUUCGGUCCUCGCAUUUCCGAUACCUAGUACACAGCAGCAACUGGCGCACGUACGACGAACUGAUGAAGCAGGCAGCGAUCCACGCCAAGGCCGAAUACUGCAACUCGAAACCCGGGGUUUCGGCAUGGCGAGGGGAUGCCGAACCAAGUGCUUAUCCGGCAAAGGCGCCACCCUACGAGAGAGUCGACCCAUAUUUGGCAGGUCAUAAGAGGAAAGACGACCGUGCCGAUCGAAGAGAACAUUCGAAGAAGGGAAAAGGGAGGUAUGGACACAACGACAACCGGGCGCCCCUGCCGAAUCAUGACCACGGCAACGAAGUCUUUACCCUAUUAAACACUACCUACGAGGCCGUCCUGAUGAACGAACAAGAAAUAAUACCGAUACCGGUAAAUUCUGCCGAUACCAUCAGCACAACAGCCAUAAUACGGAAGACUGUAUAA